AUGGAGGCUGAAGAGCCUCUAAUGGUACAGUACCGGCGACAACAGCAGAUGACGGCUCCUCCUCUUUCGCGCUUCGAUCCAGUUUACAUCGACCAAGUUUCGCAGGGACGACGCACACGCAGCACGCCUCGCCUUCAUUCCCUAACGACGGGGACCGGCGCCAGCAUCUACAGAUCCACGAUCAUUCCCGCCAUCCGAGCGGCGCAGUCCGAGGUCGUGCUGGUGACGUGCUUCUGGGCGGCGUCGACGACCCGGACUCAGCUCUGCGAAGCGCUCAAGGACCUGUCGAGGCGUGCCCUGGCAUCCUCAUCGUCCGCAGCGGCAACAAGACCGCCCACGAAGAUUUCGGUGCAGAUAUGCUUCUCCUCGAGCUCGCUGGCACGGAACAUGCUCCUUCCCACGCCCACGGAUGGCCAGGUCUACGGCCCUGCCAGCUGGGGGAAACUGGGCCUCCCGGAGCCCGAGGAGGUCAGAGGCCUGGAUCUGCGGGUCGUGCGCAAGUUCUUCUGGCCCUGGGGCAUCAUCCAUUCCAAGUAUGUCAUUGUUGAUCGCAAGCUGGCGAUCUUCCCCUCGUGCAACGUGUCGUGGGAGCGGUGGUUCGAGGUCGCCCUCUCGUUCACAGGCCCCGUGGUCGACCACUUGCGGCUCUUCCACGCCGACUUUUGGGAGGACGGGAGGCCUCCGGCUCCGUCUCCUGCUCCUUCUCGAUCUCCCGGCGGCCCAUCUCUCGCCGCCGUCAAUGCAGCUCAGGCCACCACCACCACUACCACCAUAACGGCGCCCACGACUCUCCUGCCGUCGCCGCACACUCCGGCGAAGCUUCCGAACCACCUCCAACCGCGCAUCUUACUGGGUCGUUUGCUCCCCUGCUUCCUGGACGCAGCAACCAUUCCGUUCCCCCCGACGCCGCUGCUGCAAGCCACGCACCACCUGCUCGCCACGGCGCAGUCCAGCAUCGCCAUCCUCACGCCCAACAUGACCGAGCCGACGGUGCUGGAAUCGCUGCUGGAAGCCCUCGAGAGGGGCGUCCGCGUCUGCAUCUGGACGAACCGCGCCCUGAUGACCGUCGAGCAGAUCGUCACCGCGGGCACGACGACGCCGAGCUGUAUCCAGAAGCUCCGGGAACGGGCGCUGCAGCUGGGAAGGGCGGCGCUGCUGGAAACGUUCUUCUUCGACGAUGACGACGACGAAAACAGCCCGGACGACGGGCCCGGGUUCCUGCAGCGGGGGCGACGAGGGUUGCCAGAGAAUGCCGAUGAUGAAGAGCGAAACCAAGAGUCCAUCCCCGUCAAGCUGCACGCGAAGGUCACCAUCGUCGACGACGAGCGGAUAUUGUUGGGGAGUGGCAACAUGGACGCCGCGAGCUGGCGGACGAGCCAGGAACUGGGCGUGCUGGUCGAAAGUCGCGAGGUGGUCGACGGGUUCAAGAGGCUGUGGGCGGAAGACACUACUAUACCUCCCAUAACUAGACGAAGAGAAUAA